AUGGACCCCACCCAAAUGCCCCCCGAAUGGUUCACACUCCCCUCCUUCGCCUUGCACGUCACCAUUCACAUCGCCCCCUCGAACGUCGAGAAAUUCUUCGCCGCCAUGAAACCCGCCUUCGAAGCCUGCGCCAACGAGCCCGAAUGCCUGUAUUUCGAGAUUUUCCAGGAUCCUGUAGAUCCGGGGAAGAUCAGUUGGGUGGAGAAUUGGAGUAAGGGGUUGGAGUGGUUUGCGAAGCAUCAAAUGACGAAGGAGUAUUAUAAGCCUUAUUUGGAGGCCACGGAGCCGAUGUUUAUUAAGCCGAGGGAGUUUAAGGUGUUGAAGAGGGUGGAGGGGUUUGUUAGUUCGAAGAAGGGGAAUUUUCAGGGGGCGCUUGCUGGGGAGUAUAAGAACUAG